AUGGAGCUACUUUGUCUGCUGCUCUAUGUUACUGUCAACCUGGCAUGCAUUGAGGGGUACAAGUCGACAAGACAGAAUCUGCCAGUGCUGAUGGAUCAAAACACCCAGCUUCUUGAGCAAUCUUUGUUCAGAGAACAAGUGGAAAAUAUGAAUGUCGGGCAAUUUGAAAAGCUCUGUGGAAUCGAGUGUCAAACAAGCCUACCGCCCUUAAACCAAAGCGAGCAAGAAAGAAUUCUGGGAUACGAGACGAUGUACGAUAAUGGCACGCGUACUCACACCGAUGUCAGGUUGCGAGGUCUGAAUACGACGGAAUCGACUUCAUAUGUUUCGUCGCUAACUCGCACAAAACGGCAGGUUUUUGGUGCUGACGGUCGCUUCGUCAUCUCCGACCUGAAGUUCAUCACCAACUACCCUUUCGCCACCGCCGUGCGUCUUUCCACAGGAUGCUCCGGGGUCCUAGUUUCCUCCAAGCACGUGCUGACGGCGGCUCAUUGCGUCCACGAUGGUCGCUACUACUUGGAAAGCGUGAAAUAUCUGAAAGUUGGAGUGCUACAUCUCAAACGUAAAAGAGGAAAGAGGAGACGGCAAAGGGCUGUGAGCAAAAUAAAUCAGCAAAACAUGAAGAAACGGCCUGUUUUUCGCUGGAUUCGAGUCAAACAAACGCGUAUCCCUCAAGGAUGGAUCCACUCCAAGAACUCUACAACGUCCCUAGCCGCAGACUACGACUAUGCCCUUCUGGAACUUAAACGGGGCGUCAAACAGAAGAAGUUUAUGGACAUCGGGGUGGCGCCCCGCACCUUUCGACCAGCCCGGAUCCAUUUCUCAGGCUACGAUGACGAUAAAAGCUUAGAAGGCACCCAAGGGGGCGAGAAGGUGGUCUACCGCUUCUGCUCGGUGGCGAAAGAAUCCAAAGAUUUGAUGUACCAGCACUGCGACGCUAAACCAGGUGCCGCUGGUGCGGGGGUUUAUGUCCGGUUGAGAGAGGAUGGCGGGAAGGGAAGGUGGCGCCGAAGAGUGAUCGGAGUGUUCUCGGGUCAUCGGUGGGUUGAAGUUGGGAGUGGUGAGCAGAGGGACUUUAACGUGGCGGUGAGGAUCACUCCUGCAAAAUAUGCACAGAUUUGCCACUGGAUCCACAAAGACCCCACUCAGUGCAAGACUGUUUAA